AUGGGCACAACUCUUGUAUUAACUGUGAUCCUCGCUCUGUUACAAACAGUGGCGAGCACUCCGGAAUCCUCAUCCAAUGUCACCACUACCACUCAAUUGAGCUUUACUGCAGUCGACAACAGAUUCAAUGCUGAAACCCUUGUUCUUAAAUCAAAUAUGUUUUCCAACGGCAAUGAAAAGGAAGCGAAGAAUGUUCAGGAUUACACUAUCAUAAAGAUGGGAGAUGAAAAUCAAUGGCGGGCCCUCAACGACAAUAGCAGUUCGCUCGUUGUCCUCAGCAACUGGUCAUCAGAGGCCGCUGAGUUUCGGUUGGCAAAAUGUGGUUUUUUCUUCAACUACACUAUCAACAUUCGACCUAAUACAAUUUUCAAUGUAGAUAGAGACCUCCUCAACGCAUUCAAUCAGAUCAAACACACUUACUGCUCAAACGGAACCGAUGAUGAUUUGAGCUUCCAACUUCUGGUCACUCGUCUUCCGCCUUCUGUUGACAUUUUAAUCCGGUUCAGUGUACUGCCCAUCCCAGAAGACAUUCUUGGCUCAUCCGUCAUCUAUUUCAUCUGGUAUUCUAUGUCUGCGGCAAUAACAGCCAUUUUCUUAAUCUGCUAUUUUUCUUUCCUGGGCUGUGCAUACCGUCAAAACCAGAAUAAGGCAACAUAUUACGUCAAUCCAAAAACCGCUGCGACUAACUGUGCCAGUAUUUUCGUUCACCCAUCAUCCAGAAAAAGCUUCUCAAACGCAUAA